GAAAUCAUAUUUACAACAAUGGCUUUAGUUUCAUACUCUUUAGUUCUACUUCUCGUCUCCGCCGCGGCGAUGUUCGCGACCGGGUUCGCGCAGUACUCGCCCCAGGACUUCCUGAAACCACACAACGCCGCCCGCGCCAGCGUCGGCGUCGGCCCCUUGCGCUGGGACAACAAACUGGCGGCGUACGCGCAAAACUAUGCCAAUCGAAGGCGCGGAGACUGCAAGCUCAUCCAUUCGGGCGGGCCCUACGGUGAGAACCUCUUCUGGGGCUCGGGGAAAAAAUGGUCGGCCGCCAACGCAGUGGCGUCGUGGGUGGCGGAGAAGCGAUACUUCAACUACCGCAGCAACAAGUGCGCGCCGCCCGGGAAAGUUUGCGGGCACUACACGCAGGUGGUGUGGGCUAAGUCGGUGAGAGUCGGCUGCGCCGCCGUCACGUGCGACGACGGCGCUACGUUCAUCAUAUGCAGCUACGACCCGCGGGGAAACGUCCAGGGACAACGACCCUAUGAUGAUUUAGAUAUGGCAUGAAAUAAAUUAAACUACGUUAGUUAGCAUUCAAUAUUAACCGUAGUAAUUAAGUCAUGUUCUCAAAGACGCUUGAGCCUUCAUAGUUUAGUAUAAUAGAGCUCCCUUCGCAUGAGUUAAACUUAGUUAUGGUAGUUAUAUCCCAGCAUCAUAUGGAUGUGUAAUAAAAUGAGUUUGCACAAG